AUGACUCGGGAUUUUGAGAAAUAUGAAGAUCACCUUCAAAUAUUUAACAUUGAGGCUAAGACUAAGAUCAAGUCUCACCAGAUGCCGGAGCAGAUUGUCCCUGUGCAAGCUGGGCAAACACCCCCACUCUUGCAGUACUUUGGCACAUUGCUAACUCGAGGGAAGCUCAAUGCCUUCGAGUCUCUUGAGCUAUCUCGACUUGUUGUCAAUCAGAACAAAAAGAAUCUUCUGGAAAAUUGGUUGGCUGAAGACAAACUGGAGUGCAGUGAGGAAUUGGGAGAUCUUAUCAAGACUGGACAAUGA